AGUGGUCACUGCUGCCACCUUAUUGGUAGGCCCGCAAUAAAUAGCCUUUGUAGAAGAAUCCCACUUGUGGCCUCUUCCUUUCACCUCUACUCAGGCCUUUAAGGGACUCCUGAGCUCACACAGUUCAUCUGGAGUGCUGGAAAUUCUGAGAAGGGAGAAAGCCCAGCUUAUCACGUUUUGGAGAGAUCCCUGCAAGCAUUAAAGCAGUUUGAUAACCAUGGAGCAAUACAAUGUGCUGAAGAUACUUGGGGAAGGAUCAUACGGGAGAGUUCUUCUGGUUCAACAUAGAAACAAAAACCAGAAAUACGCAAUGAAAGAAAUAAGACUUCCAAAGUCUGUCCUUGAUAAAGAGAAGUCCUGGAAUGAAUCCAUUCUUUUGGCUAAGAUGAAACACCCAAACAUUGUCACUUUUUCAGAAUCGUUUGAAGCUGAUGGAAAUCUGUAUAUUGUGAUGGAAUACUGUGAUGAUGGAGAUCUGAUGCAAAAGAUUAAACUUCAGAAGGAGAAGUUGUUUCCGGAAAAUACGAUUCUAGAUUGGUUUACACAGAUCUGCCUGGGUGUCAAAUACAUUCACGACAAACGUGUGAUGCAUAGAGAUAUCAAAUCAAAGAACGUAUUUCUCACACAACAUGGGAAAGUAAAGCUGGGAGACUUUGGAUCAGCACUUCUUCUCACUAGUCCAAUGGCAUAUGCUUGUUCCUAUGUGGGAACUCCAUAUUACGUGCCUCCAGAAAUAUGGGAGAACAUGCCCUACAACAAUAAAAGUGAUAUAUGGUCUCUGGGUUGCAUUUUAUAUGAGCUGUGUACUCUUAAGCAUCCAUUUCAGGCAAAUAGCUGGAAACAUCUUAUACUGAAGAUAUGUAAAGGAUACUACAAUCCACUUCCAUCACAUUAUACUUAUGAAUUUCACUAUUUGAUAAAGCAAAUGUUCAAGAAGAAUCCCAAGAACCGCCCAUCAGCCAGCACAAUUCUUACAAGAAGCUGUCUGGCAAAGCGUAUAAGAAAUACUUCUUCAGAGAAGGAAGAAGGAAAAUAUACCAGCAACAAGAAUUCAGAAGCUAGUUUCUGUGAAAUGCAACGGGAGAAAAAAAUUGUGGAUAAAAAAGUCUCCCCAGAAGCUGAUUUACGAAACCCACAAAGACGACAGUGGGAAAAAGGAAGGUCCAGUACAGUGAUGAAUGUCCUAGAAAAUGCAUCUUUAUUGUCUUCUAGUAUUCCAAUCCAGGAAGAAACAAGUGGCUUCGUGAGAAAAUACGAUGAAAAUAUUGUGCGUAAGCAGUGGUCUAAGGAACCUCCUGAAACCUUGAUGAAUAUUCUCCACAAUGCUGAUAUUAGCUUAGCUUUUAAAACAUACACAAUCUACAAAGCAGGUUCAGAUGACCCACUGAAAGGACCACUUACUGAAGACACAGAAGCAUCUGACGAACCAGAUGGGGAUAUAAUUAUGGAAGAUACAGGGAGACUUGAACCUAGAUCAGAUGAGGAAGAUACGGAUUUUGAAGCAGAAGAUGAUCCAGACUGGGUUUCUGAACUGAAGAGUAUGACCAAAAUGAAAUGAUUUAAUAACUUAAUGAUGGAACUUUAAAAAAAUACUGAUGGUUGAUGCAAAAAAGAAGAAGAAGAAGAAUGAUGUACGGAAUGAUUGGAAAUAAUUUGUAAUUUACAACAGAAAUUCCAGACAAAUUUGUCAAACAGCAAAUACGUACUAAUUAAGCUGAUUUCAAGUGCUUCUUUGGUAAGAAAAAACAGCAUUUCGGGAAUAAUUGUGAACUUUUCCCUUAAAUGUUUUUUUCCUAAAAGUACCCCAAAGCAUUAUUCUUACAAGAAAGAAAUACAGUAUACAUUAGUAUACUGGAGGCAGAAUAGCCAGGUAUGGUUGGCACUGAAAUAAAUUAAACCCCUUCAGUUAGAUACACAUGGUACUAUUGGAAAUACAGAACUGCAUUCCUUCAGACUCGGUAAUGCUGCAGUCUCAGGCUGGAUCUACACUGCCCUAUAUCCCAGGAUCUGAUCCCAGAUUAUCUUCUUUGAACUGGAUUAUAUGAGUCUACACUGCCAGAUAAUUUGGAAUAAGAAGGUAAUCUGGGAUCAGAUCCUGGGAUAUAGGUGUAGAUCCAGCCACUGUUGUCCUUUGCUUCUGCUGUCUCUGAAAUACUUCAUUUUGAACCAAAAUCAAUUGGUUUUCUAUAUCAAGGUUGGGAAAAGUGCAACCUGUAGGGUAGUGGUUCCCAACCUUUGGGCCUCCAGGUGUUUUGGACUUCAACUCCAAGAAAUCCCAGCCAAUUUACCAGCUGUUAGGAAUUGUGGGAGCUGAAGUCCAAAACACCUAGAGGCCCAAAGGUUGGGAACCGAACCACUGCUGUAGGGUAUGUAGAGGACAUUUCGAUCAAAUGUGAGGUCCCAUGGGCCACCUCUGCUCUAUAUGACUGUUCCUAUAUGUUUAUUCUGAAUUAUUGUAAUUCUUCUGCAUAAUGGUAAUGUUGUUAAUCUGCACUGAGCACAUCAGUGGAAAAAAUGGGAUAUAAAUCUGGUAUGAGAAUCUUUUCAGCUCUUCUCUGUCAUAAUAAAAAACAAAUAAGCCCCUUCAGUCACCAUCCUUGCCUAAUUUUGCAAUUGUUUUUUUCUGAUACUGUUCAGUCAUAGCAGUGUUUUAUGGAUAACAUACUGUCAGUUUUAUACACUGUUUUAUAUUGUAUGUUGUGCUUUUAAUAAACCAGUUCUUGAGUAUUCUUAAAUACA